AUGACCGCUGCUCGUAGCCGCUGCUGCCUGCAUGCGGCGGUGCUGCUCUGGGCGGCGCUCUCGCCAUGUGCGCUCGCUUUAGCGGCCGCGCCGGCGCCGGCGCCUGUGGCCACCGGGCCGGUGUCCAGGGUGGAGGACGCCACGAUGUUUCGGAUAUACUACGGCCAGAGCUUCAAGGUCAUCAAGAACUCCGGCGACGGCAAGAGCUACCUUCUCAUGCAGAACACGUCCAAGAUGGCAUCAAAGACGAAAUAUUGCACGGGUAGGAUCAAGUCGUUCGUCAUCCCCCUCGCCAACUUCUCCGUCGACACCACGUCUUCUCCAGUGUCAUUCUUUGAGCUGCUUGGAGUGCUAGAAAACUUGAAAGGAAUAACAUCAAACCAAGUUGCUUCUCAGUGUGUGCUCCAAUCAUAUACAAGUGGAAAUGCCCAGCUUGUGAAUAGAACUGAUGCACAGACACUCUCGCAGUUUACUGCACAUUUCAUAAGCGAUACAGAUGAAGAUAGAGGUUGCACCUUCGCAGCAUAUGUACCCUUAGAAGAGGAUACACCAUUGCAGAGGGCUGAGUGGAUCAAGUACUUGGGAACUUUCACAAACUCUGAAGGCAGGGCUAACGCUGUCUAUGAUGCAAUAAAGACAAACUACCUGUGCUUAAGCAAAGCAGCUGCAAACCUUAGCACAAGAUUCAAGCCUAUAGUAGCGUGGAUUGAAUUCACACAGGGAAUGUGGACAUUUGUUAAAGAAAGUUACACCUUACAGUAUGUCACAGAUGCAGGAGCAGAAAUUGUUGAUGCAACUAUUACAAAUAAGAGAUUUAAUAGUUCAGAUCCAGAGGAUAUGGACAACUUCCAUGCUAUUCUUUGUACAGUGGACGUGGUCAUUGAUCAGACAUAUGCUUUGGAGCCUGCAGAGUACAAAUUAUCCACUUUUUUGGAGAACAUUAAUGUUAGCCACGACUCCUGCUAUAGUUUUGUAUCAAACCGCAGCAUAUGGAGAUUUGACAAAAGGAUAGGAGUUUCUGGGACACUUGAUUGGUACGAUGGAGCUAUCUCACAGCCUCAGUUGGUUCUUGGAGAUCUCAUAGAAGUUUUCUUCCCAACAGGGAACUACACAACAAUUUACUUCAGGAAUCUUGCAAAGGCAUGA